AUGCAGCCAGCUCCUGCGGGGCGAGAGUCCACCCCGGGCCGUUUCUGGCACAAUGCCAAGCGGUUCGGCAAGACGCUCGUGCGCUACGACGACACGGAGGCCAACCGCCUGGGUAUCCCCAUGGUCGGCGUGAAAGACUUUGCGCACGACCACUAUGAGAACCCGUUCUACGCGACGCUAAACUACCUCGACUCGCUUUUCCCGUUCCGCCGCUGGAUCCUCUCGUACAACUCGACGUGGUUCGUCGGCGAUCUGAUUUCGGGUAUCACGGUCGGCCUUGUGGUCGUGCCGCAGUCCAUGUCGUACGCCAACGUCGCUGGCCUCAAGCCCGAGUUUGGUCUCUACUCGUCGUUCGUCGGUGUCGUGAUCUAUGCGCUGUUUGCCACCUCCAAGGACGUGACGAUCGGACCGGUGGCGGUCAUGUCGCUGCAGACGCACAAUGUCAUCCAAAAGGUCUUGCAAACGCACCCGGAAGUCACGCCGGAAAUUAUCGCAUCCGCGCUUGCAUUCCUCUGUGGUAUUAUCACGCUCGGCGUCGGUCUCCUGCGCCUGGGCUGGAUCGUCGAGUUCAUUCCCGCGCCGGCCGUGAGCGGUUUCAUGACGGGAUCCGCGUUGACCAUUCUCGUCGGCCAGCUGCCCAAGCUCCUCGGUGAAAAAGGCGUGAACGGCAACGAUGCCAUGUACAAGAUCGCGAUCAACUUUUUCAAAAAGCUGCCUACCGCCAAGAUGGAUGCCGCGUUUGGUGUUACGGCUUUGGUUUUCCUCUAUCUCGUACGCUGGUCGUGCAACUGGGUCGCGAAACGCUACCCAAGGUACGCGCGCGCCGCAUUCUUCAUCUCGGUAAUGCGCAGUGCGUUUGUCAUCAUCAUCCUCACCGCCGCGAGUCGCGCAUGGGUCGGCACGCACUACCACGACAAGAAAAAGUACCCUAUCAGCCUGAUUCUCGAUGUGCCCCGUGGCUUUAAGCACAUGGGCCAGCCGGUACUCCCGACCGAUGUGCUCUCGGCCAUCGGCCCGAACCUGCCCGCGUCGGUGAUUGUGCUGCUGCUCGAGCACAUUGCCAUCUCCAAGUCGUUCGGCCGUCUGAACAACUACAAGAUCAACCCGAACCAGGAACUGGUCGCGAUCGGUGUCACGAACCUGGUCGGCCCGUGCUUUGGCGGUUACGCGGCAACCGGCUCCUUCUCGCGCUCUGCGAUCAAGUCCAAGUCGGGUGUGCGCACGCCGCUUGCGGGCUGGAUCACGGCGAUUGUCGUGCUAAUUGCCAUCUACGCUCUGUCGGGCGUUUUCUUCUGGAUUCCGAACGCGGCGCUCUCGGCAGUGAUUAUCCACGCGGUGGGUGACCUGAUUGCGCCCCCGGCGCUCCUGUACAAGUUCUGGCUGAUGAACCCGCUCGAGCUCUUGAUUUGGGUUGCGGCCGUGGUCGUGACCAUCUUUACCAGUGUCGACUACGGUGUGUACACCUCGAUCGCGGCCUCGGCAGCGCUCCUGUUGGUUCGCAUUGCACGCCCUCGUGGACACUGGCUGGGUGUGGUGCGUGUGCAGCACGACCCGUCGGUCGCGGGCGGCGCUCAGGUCCGCAACGUCUAUGUGCCUAUGGACACGCAGGACGGCCUGCGCGACCCGUCGGUGCACGUCGCGCCGCCGCCACCCGGUAUCUUUGUGUACCGUGUCGAGGAGUCAUUCACCUACCCGAACGCCUCGCGCAUGUCGGACAUUAUCAUCGACAAGGUCAAGGCCGAGACACGCCCGGGCAAGCUCCAGGUGAUGCGCAAGGGCGAUCGGCCGUGGAACGACCCCGGACCGCCCAACCCACUGCUGAUCAAGUUCUGGCGCAAGGCCACGCUCUACCACCGCCGCCACGCGGAUGCCAAGACGGUCGACGAGGACAUGGCCGACAAGGACUUGGAGCGCCGCAACGAUCCGCGGCCGCUUCUGCGUGCGAUCGUGCUCGACUUUGGGUCGGUGAGCAACAUCGACUCGACCUCGGUCCAGGUGCUGGUCGAUCUGCGCAACGCGCUCGAGCUGUACCGCGGCGCGCCGGUCGAGUUCCACUUUGCGCAUAUCCUCUCGCCGUGGAUCCGCCGUGGCCUGCUCGCCGGUGACUUUGGUACCGGCACGGUCCGCCGCCAUGUGACCGAGAUCGCGGCCGUGGUGCCGGCGCACGACGACCGCGAGGUCGGUGUGCGCAACUCGCCGGUGCCGGGUACCAAGAUCGUCGAAGACGCCCACGCCCAGCCCCAGCACGAAGACAUUGUGCGCGAUGCGCCCACCAGCUCCACGGACCUCGAGGCACAGGCGCCGGCACAGCCGGACAAGGGCUCGUUUGACGACGAGAUCAAGAACCUCGAUGCGAUCUACGGCAACAACAAGGCCGAACAGGAAUCGCUCGACCUCGGGGCUGGAAGUAUCACCGUUCCGAUUCUGUGGAACAAUGAACUCACGCCGUACUUCCACCUCGACCUCGCCGGUGCAGUCUCGUCGGCGCUCGAAAGCGCGCCGGCAGAAAGCCAGGCGCCAGAGGUGGCGACGCCGAGUGACCACCACACCCCUUAA